AUGGAUGUGACAAAGGAUUUGCUUCCGAAUAUGGCCUAUUCGGAGAGGAGGGUCGUUGUAGCACCAGGCAAGGCUGCAACCGUGCAGAUACACGGAAGCUUCCGUGAUGGAGCUUGCGUAUUCUGGUCUAAAAGCCCACGCAUCGAGUCAGGUGUGUGCCAGGUGAACCAAGAUAACGCCGAAUUAUCGGUCAUAAAUCAAGGUUUAGGAUCGUGGGUGAUAGAUCAGGGAGAGGAUCUGGGUACAUGGUCAGCAGAAACUUGGAUUGAUCCGAGGAUAGUGGAUGCCCCAAGUGACAUGAUGGUUCUACAGCAGCAUGCAGUGUUACAAGAUGCUGAAGGGACAUAUACUUUAGUAGACAUAUUAAAUGAGAACCGAAAGGCCGGGGAUGUACCUGAGGAACUGCAUAGAGUGAUCGAAGAGUACAACGAUGUAUUCGCUGUCUCGGACACAGAACUAACGCAAACGAAUCUCGUGACUCAUGACAUUGAUGCAGGCAGGCAUCCCCCAAUUCGACAGAAAACCGGACCCGUCCCACACGGUAUUCGUGCUGAGGUAGAUACAAUGCUACGGGACCAAAAAAAAUGUGAUUGA